CCUGGCUAUUGUGAAGGUGCACCUGUUGGAAGACACUCCAUGUAAGAACUCAACAAAACAAGAACAUGGAAAUACUGGGAGCAACACUAUGCACCUACUUGCUGCUGAUUACCUGUUAUUUGUGUCCUAUUUAUGCCACAUUUUGCCCAAACGGGCAAUUUGCCCUCAAUGCCCAGUGUUUGGAUUGCCAUUCCACUUGUGAGGAAUGUACAGGUCAGGAGCCCUUUGAAUGCACAGAGUGUGGUAUAGAUGAAGAUGGAGUAGAACGAUUCCUUCAUCGGAAUCGUUGUAAGGCGCAUUGCCCCCGUGGAUUUUACCAAGACCGUGACACUUACACCUGUGAGCCAUGUCCAUUAAACUGUGAACUCUGCAUCGGUGCUAACAGCUGUCAGAAAUGCAAGGGCAACUACAAGCCACAGAACGGAGCAUGCAAUUUAAUGCACUGCGUAGAAGGUAUGUGA